GUUGUCAAUAUAUUUCAAAUGCCCUCUCUACUUUUCAAAGAAUUAAUCCUUUUAUUAUAUACAUAUUUAAUUAAUUAUAACUAAUAGCAAAUGGAGAACGCCUGUUGAUAGGCAAUACUUUGACAUCUAAACAUUUUACAAAUAUUUACAUAUAUUAUUAUAAAAAUUAUAAUUGAAGUGGGUAAAAUAAUUAAAAGUACUAAAUACUAAAACACUAAAAGUAUUAUAUGUUUGAAGUUAAAUUCCAAAAAUUGUUUGUUGAGUAAUUGAAAGGUUCUUAUUUUAAUCAUGUUAAUUUUAAUGUCGUGUAUGGUCACCAUGGAUACGAUAUAAUAUCAGGAACAUUGAUUUCCGACAUAAUUUCUAAUGAAAUAGCUCGGCUUUUUUCUUUAACGAAGAAUUUUUUUUUAUUGACAUUUUGGUGACAGUUUUUAAUUAGAAAAAAAAAUGAAUGAACACAGAGGAAGUUCAUUUGUUCAUUCUUGUGUCAAAGUUCCGGUUGAUCCUUACAGUAGGCAACCAACGCCACUGUAUGAACGUCCUCGAGUUACAAAUAAGACAAAAAGAUACAAUGCGUCGAGUAAAAGUAAAAAAAUUAAUUUCGACACGAGUAAUUCGAAUGUUACGAGUCCAAGGGAUACAUUGGAGAAUUUUAUGGAUUUUAUGGAGAGUAUACCGGAUUAUAAUGACGUGCAUCAUUUAUCGAACGAACAAUUUAAACAGAAAUUGGAUUAUCUCAAGAGAAAGCAAAGAAUAUUGUUGAAGAAUUUACAAAAUUGUCUCGAUCAAGAUGAGACGGAAAAUAUUAUAAAUCGUGAAAUAUCUGCCGAUUCGCAAAGUCAAAGGUGCAAUAAUAAAACAAAAGAAUGGUGUAACGAUAACAACAAUGAUUUAAAAUUAAAGGGAAGAAAAUGUAAUUUUGAAGAGUCGAGAACAAACAGUCCGAUUCUUUAUGCUACCGGAACAUUUGACAGAUUGGCCGAGGAUCAGGAUCUUCUCACUUAUCGGGGGAAGGAUAAAACAAAGUCGGCGAAGACGAUACACAAUUCGAAACUCCAUUCGGAAAAUAAAUCCUGGAGUAUUGAGAGUGAAUCGAAAAGUCCCGAUAGUGUGGAAAGUGACAAUGAAAAUAGUUUGGAGACAAAAAGUUUGCCACCUCAUAGUCCGGAAAGAUGGCAUCCAACUGUACCGAAACCAUUUAAUUUCACACUGAGAGAGGAGGCUGAAAAGUACAUGAAUUUGGUAGAAGUGGAAAGUGAACCACGAAUUUAUCCAGAUGCAAAAAAGAAAAAACGACGAACUAGACCCAUUCCAUUGACAUCGAAAAUACCACUUUACGAUAAACUUGUCGCAGCCAAAGAAGAGAGGAGUCGAUUGGUGAGAGAGGAGAGCAUGUUGAAUUUACUCUCCCAAGUGAGACCAUUUAAAUUGGAGUGUGAAAAGAGAGCUUGGAAAGCACUUUCGAGAUCGAGUCCCGAACUUUGUGGGAAAAAAAUACGUUGCAAUUCAUCUCGAUUUAAAGCAAAACCAGUUCCAAAGAAUUUAUUCAACACUGACAUUUAUGAUCGAAUGCUGGAAGAUGAUUACUACAGAUCCAUUCAGAAAAAAAUGAGAGCUUCAGAAUUGAUGAAAUCAUCAAAUUUGCCACCGUCCAUGGCAAGAAGAGAACGUCUCAGAUCAACUUCUCUUCAUUCUCAAUGCAGUACCGCGAAAGAAUCGGCAAAUGAAAAAAAUUGCGAGAGUCGAGAAUCGUCGAGAAUUUACAAUGACUCUUCAUUGCAAUUAAUAAGAUCGAAAUCUGCUCUUGCUGCUCUACCGAUUAGGGGAAAUAAUUUGGCGGCCGUCCUGAGAUGUCAAGCUUCUCGUGAGAAAAUGGAACGAGAAAUUCAAGAAAAAUUGGAUGAAAAACGUCGGGAGGAGUUCAUAAGAAUUAGAGAGUCUCUCAUUGGCCAAAAACCAGCUUGGAAAGCGUUGCGAUCAGCUGCCAGACACGAGCACGCCAGGGACUUGGAUUUCAGGUUUCAUCUUCGACAGGACGAAGCUCGAGAGCAAGCCGAGCGUCAUCGAAUUCAAAUGGAAAUGAUGCUGAGUCGAGUGACACGAAUUCCAACCCUUUUCGAGCGACAUUCUCAGAGUUUUCAGUCUUUACAAUUACAGUCGAAGAGCGACAUGACGGAAGCAUUUCAUACGAAGAAAAUAAAAUUGAAGAGACGACAAAGACCGAGUAGUGUUGAUUCUUACAUAAGCGGUGGCAGUGGAUCGAGAUCGAAUUCAGACUCGUUAACGAGUUCCUCAGGGACACUGGUCUCCCUGACACCAUCAUUCAAGUCUUCCGAGUCAAAAAAGUCUGAAGUUUCAACUGGAAAAUCCGAAGCUUCCAAUAAAAAGAAAAACGAGCGAGGACCCCUUAAGGUCUCAAUAAACGAGACCGCUCAACUUAUUGUGGAUCGUGGUUCAAAUAGUGGACGAUUUUCCAUCAAUUCUCAAGUCAGUGAAUAUCACAGUUCAGCUAAUGUCGAUAAUGACAAAUUAUAAAAACAGUAAAUUUUUAUUUCUACCAAUUAUUAUUCUACGAAUUAUUAUUCUACGCUAAUUAUUAUUCUACGCUCAUUAAUUUAGAAUAAUUUUUCAAAAACCAAGAAUUCUUUUUCUAGAGAAUUCAAUUUUUUGAAUUCAAUCGAAACGUAGGUGAAGUUAAACGAUUGAGGGUAAAAAAUAUAUUUCUUGACGAAUAGAAUAAAAUUAGUUCACGAAUCUUUCUUUUUUAAAUUAUUGACAAGAACAAUUUUUUUUAUGGAAAAAUAUAUUUAAAGUUCUAAAUAUUUUUUCUUCAACUGUGAACUUCGCCAAAGUCAAUCGAAAAGAAUUUAAAUUCAUGGAGACAUUUAAACUUUUUAUUUGCUCAUUUUGCGUAAUAAAAGUAAAAAAAAAUAGAUACAAUAACAAAUGGAGAAUAUCAGGGAUAAAAAAUUUAAAGAUUGAUUGAUCUACUUUCCUAAAUAUUAAAUUAUCUUUUAGAAUUCUUUUUAAUUCU